AAUCAUGGUCGCAAAAGUGUCCACGACGGAGCGCCUCGCAGCGUUGCGGAAGCUCAUGAAGGAGCACCAGAUCGAUGUGUACAUGGUGCCCUCUGAGGACAGCCAUCAAUCCGAGUAUAUCGCUCCCUGCGACGCCCGCCGAGCCUUCAUAAGCGGCUUCACGGGCUCCGCUGGCUAUGCCGUUGUGACCCUCGAGAAGGCCGCCUUGUCGACUGACGGUCGGUACUUUAAUCAAGCCGAGCAGCAGUUGGACGACAACUGGGAGCUGCUGAAGCAGGGGCUGCAGGAUGUCCCCACCAUCCAGGACUGGACCGCGGACCAGGUUGCCGGAGGGAAAGUCGUGGGCGUGGAUCCCACCGUCGUCACGGCUCAAGAUGCUCGGAAGAUGGCCGAGAAGCUCAAGAAGCGUGGCGGAGAGCUCCGGGCAGUGGACCAGAAUCUCGUCGACUUGGUAUGGGGCGACGAUAGACCACCGCGACCGCGCGAGACGGUACGCGUACAUCCCGUCGAGUAUGCCGGCAAGGUCUUCCAGGAUAAGCUCCAGGACCUCCGCAAGGAACUGGAGAAGCGGAAGGUCGCCGGCUUCGUCGUGUCCAUGCUCGAUGAGAUUGCCUGGUUAUACAAUCUGCGUGGGAACGACAUUCCGUAUAACCCCGUCUUCUUCUCGUACGCCGUCGUCACGCCUCAAGCAGCCACCUUGUACGUGGACGAAGCUAAGCUUCCACAGGACGUCAAAGACCAUCUCGAGGGGAAAGUAACCAUCCGGCCCUACGAGGCCAUAUUCGGAGACGUGGCAGCCUUGAGUGCUGAGUCGGCACAAAGCAAUGCCGACGCAGGCACCAAGACGGAGCAACCCAAGUUCCUCAUCUCGAACAGGACGUCGUGGGCGUUGAGCAAGGCUUUAGGAGGCGAGGAGCGCGUGGAAGAAGUGAGGAGCCUCAUCGCUGAUGCCAAGGCCAUCAAGAAUGACACGGAGCUGGAGGGAAUGAGGCGCUGCCACAUCCGCGAUGGCGCGGCAUUGUCGGAAUACUUUGCCUGGCUUGAAGACCAGUUGGUCAACAAAGGAGCGCAGCUCGAUGAAGUGGAUGGUGCUGACAAGCUCGAGUCAAUACGAGCCAAACACGAGCGCUUCGUAGGCCUGUCCUUUGAUACCAUCUCGUCUACCGGAGCCAAUGCGGCAGUGAUCCACUACAAGCCUGAAAAGCCUGGCUGUUCCGUUAUCGAUGCCAGCAAAAUCUAUCUAUGCGACUCUGGGGCUCAGUAUCUCGACGGGACAACCGACACGACACGCACUCUACAUUUUGGCGAGCCUACAGACAUGGAAAAGAAGGCGUAUACACUGGUUUUGAAGGGCCACAUUGCUCUGGAGCGCAUCCGCUUCCCCAAGGGAACGAGCGGUUAUGCCAUUGAUGCGCUGGCAAGACAGUUUCUGUGGAACGAGGGCCUUGAUUACAGGCACGGCACUGGCCACGGCGUUGGAUCCUUCCUGAACGUACACGAGGGACCGAUUGGCAUUGGGACUCGGGUGCAGUAUGCCGAUGUUGCGUUGAGUGUUGGCAAUGUCCUCUCCAACGAGCCGGGCUACUAUGAAGACGGCAACUUUGGCAUCCGCAUCGAAAACAUGAUGAUGGUGCGGGAAGUCGAGACCAAGCACCAGUUUGGCGACAAGCCGUAUCUGGGCUUCGAACGCGUUACCAUGACGCCCCACUGCAGGAAGCUGGUGGACACGAGCUUGCUGACGGAGGAUGAGAAGGCAUUCAUCAACGAAUACCACAAGGAGGUGUAUGAGAAGACGAGCAAGUUCUUCGAGAAGGACAGCCUGACGCUGGCAUGGCUGAAGCGGGAGACGGCGCCGUACUAGCAGUCUUGGUUUGCAGAGAGUUAUUGUUUGUUGAGUCAUCGGACCUUUGUUCCCCGGUGUCAUAGACGAGACGUACCCAUCUAUGCAUCGUACGUACUGUAUACGGGGAGAGGCGGGGG